AUGAAGUUCCAAGUGAAUUCAGGUGAAACGAUCCUGCUCAGAGUAAUAAAUGCUGCAAUGAACCAAGAACUCUUCUUUGCUGUUGCCAACCACAAGCUCAUAGUCGUGGAAGCUGAUGCUUCUUACACCAAACCUUUCACAACUUCCGUCAUAAUGGUCGGUCCAGGCCAGACCACCAAUGUCCUCCUGACAGCCGACCAGACCCCCGGCAGAUACUACAUGGCGGCUCGAGCCUAUCAGACUGCCCAGAAUGCUGCUUUCGACAACACAACAACUACUGCAAUUCUUGAAUACAAGAAUGGGAAGCAGAAAUCCUUCCUUUCAGCUCCAGUUCUCCCACAGCUUCCGGCUUUCAACGACACAAACACAGCAAGAGCAUUCAUUUCCCAGGUAAAGGGCCUUAAAUCCAAGGGGAAAGUGCCUACCAAGAUCGACAAGAGCUUGUUCUUCACAGUGGGAUUGGGCCUCAUUAACUGCACGAAUCCAAAUAGUCCACGCUGUCAGGGUCCCAAUGGGACGAGAUUCACUGCCAGCAUCAACAACAUCUCAUUCGUGUUCCCCAGGAGGAAUUCCCUGAUGCAGGCGUAUCUUCAGGGCCAGCAAGGCGUGUUCACCACUGAUUUCCCUUCAUCGCCACUAGUGAAAUUUGAUUACACGGGGAAUGUGAGCAGAGGGCUCUGGCAGCCUGUUCAUGGCACUAAGCUAGUUAAGCUCAAGUAUGGUGCCAAUGUGCAGAUUGUGUUGCAGGAUACUAGUAUUGUUACGACAGAGGAACACCCAAUGCAUAUCCAUGGCUACAAUUUCUACGUCGUGGGGAUGGGUACCGGAAACUUCAACCCUGCAAAGGAUCCUGCUAACUUCAACCUCAUCGACCCACCUCAUAGGAACACCAUUGGAACUCCGCCUGGAGGAUGGGUUGCCGUCAGAUUUGUAGCUGACAAUCCAGGAAUAUGGCUGCUGCAUUGCCAUAUCGACUCGCAUUUGACAUGGGGCUUGGCGACGGCUUUGCUGGUGGAGAAUGGAGUGGGGACAUUGCAGUCUGUUCAAUCUCCACCACUGGACCUGCCACGAUGCUAA